GGCUUAAUAAGAACACCACUGUUAGUUGACACUGUUUCUGCUGGGAUAGAGGAGAGAAAGAUGUUAAUUCUUACCUUGAAUUUGCUCUGCUGAUUGGACUGAGGAGGGGUUCUGAGCAGCACCAAACAUGAAACUGCCACAGCAACAAGAAGAUACAAGAAGAUACUGAUGUACAGUGCAGUCAUCCAUAAAGUAGAGAGUACUACUAAACUCCUCUGCACAGUGUAGUGUUUCCUACUUUAUGGAUGAGUGUACUGUUGGCUACGGAGAAAAACACUACAGGGACUACAGGGACUCCAGUGAUCAAUGAAAGAUUCUGAAAAGCUUGGAGACCUUGGUCUAUGUUUAAGUUGUAUUUAAUUUAUGUACUAGAAAUGCAGAAUAAAUCUUCCCAUUAAGUAUUCAAUAAUUUCUCAAAUAAAAGUAGAUUUGAUUGCAAUAUUGUACUUAUGAAAAUAAAUAAAUAGUGUUUCUUCAAUGGUUUGCUUUCCAUGGUUUAUGGUCAUUCAACAAUUGUAGAUUUUUGUAUAACAAUCUGUCACGCCCCCUGACCUUAGUAUUCUUUGUUUUCUUUAUUAUUUUGGUUAGGUCAGGGUGUGACAUGGGUGAUGUAUGUGUUUUUGUACUGUCUAGGUGUUUAGUAUGUUUAUGGGGGUGUAUACUAUAUAGGUGUUUAAAUAUGUCUAUGGUUGCCUAGAUUUGUUCUCAAAUAGAGGCAGCUGUUUAUCGUUGUCUCUGAUUGGGAAUCAUAUUAAGGCAGCCAUCUUCUUUGGGUAUUUUGUGGGUUAUUGUCUACGUCUAGUUGCAUGUGUAUGCACAUUUAUAGUAUAGCUUCAUGUUCGUUUUGUUAUUUUGUAUUGUUUGUUUAAGUGUUCUUCGUCUUAUUAAAGAAGAUGUAUUCAUAUCACGCUGCGCCUUGGUCUCCUCUUUACGACGAACGUGACAGAAUAACCCACCAUAAAAGGAUCAAGCAGCGUGAUAAGGAGGAACAGUGCUUUGUGGAAUCUAGGACUAAGGGACGAAAUACUGGACGGUAAAACAUCCUGGACCUGGGAGGAGGUAAUGGCAGGGGACAAGACCCUGCCAUGGAAGCAGGUGGAGAGAGCACAGGAGGAACGGCGACGAUAUCUGGGUACAAGGCUAGCACGGAAGCCCGAGAGGCAGCCCCAAUACAUUUUUUGGGGGGGAGGCACACGAGGAGUUUGGCUAAGUCAGGUAGGAGACCUGAGCCAACUCCUCGUGCUUACCGUGGCAGGCUUCGUACUGGUCAGGCACUGUGCUAUGCGGUGGAGCUCACGGAGUCCCCAGUACGCGUGCUUAGCCCGGUGCGCUACAUCCCAGCUCCCCGCAUCUGCCAGGCUAGGUUGAGGAUCCAGCCAGGACGGAUGGUGCCAGCCCUGCUCUCCAGACAGCCAGUGUGUCUCCUCGGGCCAGGAUAUCCUGCGCCGGCGCUGCGCACUUUGUCUCCCGUAUGUCUGCACAGCCCAGUGCGUCCUGUGCCUGCGCCCCGCAUGUGCCGGGCUAGAGUCACCAUCCAGCCAGGACGGGUUGUGCAGGCCAUUAGCUUGAGACCUCCAGUGCGUCUUCAUGGUCCGGUCUAUCCAGUAACACCAGUGCCAACACCAUGCACCAGACCUACAGUACGCCUCCACAGCCCAGUACAUCCUGUUCCUCCUCCCCGCACUCGCCCUGAGGUGCGUGUCUCCAGCCCGGUACCACCAGUGCCGGCACCACGCACCAGGCCUAUAGUGUGCCUCGGCAGUCCAGUACGCCCUGUUCCUCCUCCCCGCACUCGACCUGAGGUGUGUCCUCGGCCCAGUACCACCAGUACCGGCACCAUGCACCAGGCCUGCAGUGCGCCUCGCCAGUCCAGAGCGUCCGGCAACAGCACCCAGUCCAGAGCGUCCGGCAACAGCACCGAGUCCAGAGCGUCCGGCAACAGCACCCAGUCCAGAGCGUCCGGCAACAGCACCCAGUCCAGAGCGUCCGGCAACAGUCCGGAACCUACCACGACGGGCCGCAGUCCGGAACCUACCAGUCCGGCUCCGCCAGAGUCUCCCUCCAGUCCGGCUCCGCCAGAGUCUCCCUCCAGUCCGGCUCCGCCAGAGUCUCCCUCCAGUCCAGAUACGCCACUCACUCCAGACUCGACCAUCAGUCCAGUGGCGUCCUCUAAUCCGUGGUCGGCGGUGAGGGUUCCCGCUCCAGAGACAUUAAGUAAGUGUGACGAGUCAGAAAUGGAGCGGGUUCCACGUCCUGAGCCAGAACCGCCACCUCGCAGUCAUGCCCACCCAGACCCUUCCAUAUAGGUUUAGGUGUGCGAGCCCGGGAGUCCACAUCUUUUGGGGGGGGGGGUACUGUCACUCCCUGACCUUAGUAUUCUUUGUUUUCUUUAUUGUUUUGGUUAGGUCAGGGUGUGACAUGGGUGAUGUAUGUGUUUUUGUACUGUCUAGGGGUUUUGUAGGUUUAUGGGGGUGUAUACUAUCUAGGUGUUUAUGUAAGUCUAUGGUUGUCUAGAUUGGUUUUCAAUUAGAGGCAGCUGUUUAUCGUUGUCUCUGAUUGGGAACCAGAUUUAGGCGGCCAUCUUCUUUUUGGGUAUUUCGUGGGUUAUUGUUUAGUUGCCUGUUUGCACUUUUGUAUCAUAGCUUCACGUUUGUUAUUUUGUAUAGUUUGUUUAAGUGUUCUUCAUCUUAUUAAAGAAGAUGUAUUCAUAUCA